AUGUACGUAAUCGGUAUCGGUUUGACUACCGUGUUGGUGUUUUUCUCGAUACACGCUGGAAGAUGUUCUUCAGAACGUGACGGCCGCCAAGGCCUGGAGUGGUGCAGCUCAUUUCCCGAUGAAGAAGCACGCGCCGAGUGCGCCGACUCCGAGGGUACCUUCUGGAUGUACUCGCCGACCUGCUGCAACGUGAAGUGGGAGUGCGUCGAUGGAGAGAACAACCAGGGCUUAAGAUGUAGUGUUUCCGGAUUCAUUCCCGAUAGUGAAACGAUGAUGUGCAUUGAUGAACCUACUUGUAUUGAUACUUCAAGUACUGUAGCCCCUACGACAACUACUACAGUGCGGAUAACAACAACCACUCUUGAACCGACCACGGUUACGACCAUUACUGCAGGUGAGACGCAGUUUUGUGAUACAUUUCCCAUGGACGAGCCUCCUAUCUAUUGCGCUGGAACAAACGGAUCAUUCUGGAUGUCGUCGCCCAGCUGUUGUAACGUCAAGUUCGAGUGUUUGGAUGGCGCUUACAACCAGGGCUUCCGAUGUAGCAGUCCUGGAUUCGUGCCGGAUCUCCAGCGAUUGAAGUGCAUUGAGGACAGUGCUUGUGACCGGAAAGAAGAAGGCCCGAGUGAAGAUACGGACGGGUCAUCACCGGAUAUUAUCUGCUCCAACGCCAGUGCUGAAUAUUUGCCUCAUCCAAGUGACUGUUCAAAAUAUUUCCUCUGCAACAAUGGCAUUGUGCAACAGCUGGAGUGCAUGGAUGGGUCCAUUUUUAGCUACCAGUCCCAGCGGUGUCUGCCAGGAGAUAAAGACACUUGUGAAUUGAUGGGUGCCUAA